UGUUGAUCACGGUGUGGUGGGACAAGAGAAGUCGACAACCUUCAUCUGGCUGGCUCGUGCAUUGUCCAAGGUCGUGUCUUCCCCCUACUCAGCGGACGUAUUUCUCAUCCACAGGCGCUCAAUUGCUCUCCAGUCUUCAACCUCUCCUGCCUGCUCAGCUAAGAUUUCUGUUUCUCCUGUCGACGUCUAGUCUGUGAUCACAAUGCCCGACAUCACAGGGCCCCCAGCAAAGAAGCGAGCCGUCAACAUUCCUCCAGUAAGCCCGAAUCCAAUUGAAGAAGACAUCAAACCUUUCAUCAAGCUAGAGCCCGAAGACAUCAAACCCAUCAUCAUCAAAAGGGAAGAAGAUUAUGUCAGUCCAUUCAUCAAGCAAGAGAAAGAGUAUUUCAAGCCAUCCAUCGAAAGGGAACAGAUGCCACCACCACCAUCGCCAGCGCUGACGCCGCCCGUCACGCCACGAAAAGCCCGCGCCUGGUACAAGGGUCGAGCAUCGCAGUAUCCCUUUCCUUCGCCUAGGCAUGCGCGCACUCCGAGCCAGCGCAGCACCUCUUCUGCAUCCCGUAGAGGCCGCCAUGCGUCGGCCUCGUCCAGCAGAACCACGACAUCCGGCACAUCAUGCCCGCCAUCGCCGUUCUCGUCACGCACAAUAAGUCGAGCAUCCUCCUUGGGGCAGAACCUGACGCCCACUUCGGCAGGUAGGAGGCGCAACAGCAUGGGUAUAGGUAGCGAACAAGACGGCGAGGGAGAAGACGACGGCUUUGAAAUUGUCGGCACAAGGCGAGCCAGCGUCGCCGCGAACCUGUUCCACAACACCCUCACCGAUGCCAACGAUGGACUCAUCUUUGGUGGGCCAUCAACACGCCCCUCCGGCCCACUGAAAUUGACGCUUGAGCUGAGGCUGCAAGGACAAGUCCUCGAUUCGUCGCCGCCCAUUGCUCUUCAGAACGAGUCCGAGAGGCCCAGAAACGUCCAAGCGAAGCUACAUCAAUUCCUUCUGGCACUCACCAGGGAUGCACGACGAGGGCAAUGAGACGAUGUGUCCAAGCGAUCAG